AUCAGAGUAGUAGAUACUUGCUUCAUUUGGUAACGCAUUGCACAUAAUUCAUAAUUGUCAAGGUCCCAUGGUUUCUCUGCAUAAUGAGGAGAGGAAAGGGAAGUAUCUGAUGCGGUUGGCACCAACAUACCAAGGUGUUCUUUCUUCUCACAACGGGUGGUGAUCUUUCAAGUAUCAAUUACAGAAACAGGUAGAGCGUAAAAGACUAAGCAGAGACUUUAUUGCUCUAAAGAGAGAAGGGACCAGCCACGUCAUCCGAUCUCCACGAAAACCCAAUUAAAAUCCUGGUUGUGUGUGGGAGGGAGAGAGGUGGUGGCCGGCGAGCGAGGGAGGGAGGAAGGAAAUGGGGAAUUCCUUUGGGUGCUCUGCUUCGGGUGAGAGAUUGGUGUCGGCGGCGAGAGAUGGGGAUCUGGUGGAGGCCAAGAUGCUAUUGGAUUGCAAUCCUUGUCUCGCCAAGUAUUCCACCUUCGGCGGCCUCAACUCCCCUCUCCAUUUCGCUGCCGCCAAGGGACACAAUGAGAUUGUGGCGUUGUUGCUUGAGAAUGGAGCCGAUGUGAAUUCACGGAAUUACUGUGGCCAGACGGCCUUGAUGCAAGCUUGUCGAUAUGGGCACUGGGAAGUUGUACAGACACUGCUACUCUUCAGAUGCAAUGUCACUAGAGCAGAUUAUCUUAGUGGGAGAACAGGUUUACACUUUGCAGCCGUAAACGGGCAUGUGAGAUGCAUACGGCUGGUUGUGGCAGACUUUGUUCCUAGUGCUCCUUAUGAAACUAUACGUUCUCAGGCAGAUGGUGAUCGACCAGAUGGUUCCAAUUUGAAGAACAAGUACGCUCAUAGUGCGGUAUCCAAGUUUGUAAAUAAGGCGGCAGAUGGUGGUAUCACAGCUCUUCAUAUGGCUGCAUUAAAUGGAUAUUUUGACUGUGUACAGCUUCUACUUGACAUUCAUGCAAAUGUAUCAGCCGUGACAUUUCACUAUGGAACAUCUAUGGAUUUGAUAGGAGCUGGAAGCACUCCAUUGCAUUAUGCUGCUUGUGGAGGGAAUUUAAAAUGCUGUCAGAUCCUUAUUGCAAGAGGUGCCAGUAAAAUGACUUUGAAUUGCAAUGGAUGGCUGCCCCUUGAUGUUGCCAGGAUGUGGGGGCGGCAUUGGCUUGAACCAUUGCUUAUAUCCAAUUCAGACUCUGUCAUACCAAGAUUUCCUCUUUCUAAUCACUUGGCCUUGCCGCUUCUGAGUGCACUUAAUAUAGCAAGAGAAUAUGGGAUACAAUCCUCAACAAGCUCCACUGAAGACUCUGAUACAUGUGCUGUAUGCCUGGAGAGAGAAUGCAAUGUAGCUGCAGAAGGGUGUGGGCACGAGCUAUGUGUAAGAUGUGCACUCUAUCUUUGUUCAACAAGCAACAUUCCUUCCGAAACGGUGGGCCCACCUGGCUCCAUUCCAUGCCCUCUUUGUAGAUAUGGCAUUAUAUCCUUUAUUAAAUUGCCUGGUUCCCCAGCAAAAGAAGUGAAGCUCUCAAUGUCUCUUGGCCUAUGCACUCCUUGUAUGCUUCGCACUUGUGAUGCUGACCAUCUAUCUCCAGCCAGUGUUCCGGAGAUACGAAAGAAUCGUGUGGCUUCAGUUUCCUCUGAUAUUUUCUGCCCAGUCACUUGCAGCCCAUUCCCAUCUGUUGCUAUUCCUUUGUGUACUUGCAAUGAUGGUUCCUGUCCAUCUUUUGAACCUCGAAGGGUGGAAACACAAAACGAAUCUCCUCGUCGAUCACAAUCUUCUGUAGAGCAGGACAAAGUGGGAGGGCCAAGAUUAGAGAGAACAAGCUGUUCAAGCAUGUUUUGGGGCAGAAGAAGCUGUAGCAGAGAGCAUCAGUGCAAUUCUGAAAUAAAUGCUUGACAGCAUUGCAAGUUGGUUGCUCUGGUAGAACUUUUUAUGAGUAGCUGCAUCUGAGAUCGUUAUGAUCACUUCUGCAAAAACUGUGACUUAAAUCCACGUUCACUUCGAGGUUUUGUUGGAUGGAACGGAUCUCGGUUUGGGUUCACAAUUAUCCUUUAGCUGGAGUUUAAAUAUAUUUUUAGGGUGGAAGUGUGUACAUUUAUUUAGAGUUAUAGAUUGAUUGUAAUUGAAUAUCAUCAAAGAACAUGUGCUUUUGAUUCAAUACGGAGGGGUUAUUUCCUUAGGCAGCUCCGGAUUGUGUUUCUUUUGACGAACAUUAUUAGUAGAAUCACAAAUGCCGAGCAGCUGAGCUUGAGUGGUUAACUUCUUAUAGUGGUA